AGAGACUAAAUUCAGAUUUCUACGACGUUACAAGUACUAAACUAUCGAAUGAUCGCUACGGCCCUAGAUUGGCGGCAUUGCGCACACAACUAAAUAAACGGUUAUCUGUAGUAUGUCUUGUGCGGAUGUUUUAUGUGUGAAAAUCAGUGAAAAUUAUUAAGCCAACGCUGCAACAAUUAAAUGUAAACAAGUUCUGCAUGUAGUGUGCGAUGCAAAGCUGACAAGCUUGCAAAAUAAAUUGAAAGUCUAUGUAAUUUUAAUACAUAGUUUGUGCUUGUGUGUAUAUGUGUGUGCGCGAGAACGUAGGAUAACUGCACAUUUGAUUUGCGCAGCGAAUUUAAGGAGAAACGGGAAACAGUUAUAAUCGCGCUUGGCGAUAACGCGAAGAGAGCUUAAGAAAUGGCAAAAGAUACACAAGGCACGCAGGCUACGCAAAGCCAGGCGUCCAACGUUUGGACGCAGGUGGAGAGCCAGCCUAUGGAGAAAAUUGUAUGGGGCAGACUCUAUGGCAAGAAUAUAAAAAUCAAAUCCCUUGGUACGGCAAUCAAGCAAUACAAAAUUAUCUAUACGCAUUCGCCCUUUUGUGUUGAUUUGAACAACGACGAAUUUUCCGCCGGACGCGGCGAAGCCAAUGAUUUAAUAUUAACACUAAAUGAUUUACCUGAGAAAAUACUAGCACGCAUAUCUAAGGUGCAUUUUAUAAUAAAGCGCGCCAACUGUGAGCUGACAAAUCCGGUUUAUAUACAGGAUCUCUCACGCAACGGGACCUUUGUGAAUGGCGAAAAAAUUGGAACAAACAAAACGCGCAUUCUACAGAAUGAUGAUAUUAUUGCAUUAGCACAUCCCACCUACAAGGCAUUUGUUUUCAAGGAUCUCAGCCCGAAUGAGGCCAUUGGACUGCCUGCUGAAAUUAAGGACACCUAUUAUAUUAAUCGAAAACUCGGCUCAGGUGCAUAUGGCAUGGUACGUUUGGUCUAUGACCGCCGCACCUGCGAGCAGUUUGCCAUGAAAGUAGUAAAGAAAAAUAUGCUCGAAGUCAGCGCACAGCCUAAAAAUUAUUUUAACGAUCCGGAGAAAGUGCUCAACGAGGCCAAAAUUAUGAAGAAUCUUUCGCAUCCAUGUGUUGUGCGCAUGCACGAUAUUGUGGAUAAACCAGACUCGGUGUAUAUGGUCUUGGAGUUUAUGCGUGGCGGAGAUUUGCUACACCGUAUUAUAGACAAUAAGCUGCUCUCUGAGGAUACAUCCAAGUUAUAUUUCUAUCAGAUGUGCCAUGCCGUCAAGUACUUGCACGACAGAGCUAUUACUCAUCGCGAUCUGAAGCCAGACAAUGUGCUGCUGGAGUCUAAUGACGCGGACACUUUGCUUAAGGUGUCUGACUUUGGUCUCAGCAAAUUUGUGCACAAGGGUUCAGUGAUGCGUACGCUAUGUGGCACACCGCUUUAUGUUGCACCCGAGGUGCUCAUUACUGGUGGUCGCGAUUCGUAUACCCAAAAAGUGGAUAUUUGGAGUCUCGGCGUGGUGCUCUACACCUGUCUAAGCGGCACUUUGCCGUUUUCCGAUGAGUAUGGCACACCGGCUGCUGAUCAGAUUAAAAGAGGCAGUUUUCGUUUUCGUCAUCCUUCCUGGCAACAGACAUCACAGCGUGCCAAAUCGCUCAUCAAGCAAAUGCUCAUUGUGGAUCCUACAAAGCGACCCUCAAUUGACGCUGUACUCAAGAGUAACUGGUUGCGAGAUGCUCCCAUGCUGCAAAAGGCCAGAAAGCUCAUGAAAUUGGAAGAAACUGACCAGGAAGAAGUGGAAAAUAACUUCCUAGAACCACCGACUAAGCGACGACGUUGCUAAAACACUCGCUGUACUGAAAAAGUUUUAAUUUUCUGGAAAAAUUAAUUGGAAAAAACAUAUUUUUCUUACAUUGCAGCCAGAAACUUUGACAUUUCCAACAGCUUAGAAUUAAUUUUAAGGUUGUUUAUUUUUACAUGUUUGCCUAGCAUAAGUUUUCCAUUUGCGUCUUGAUAAACAAUGUGCCAACAAAAAUGAAUUAUGGAAGACAGUUUGAAAUGAUUAUCGACGCUGUUUCACUAAAAUUAAAUAAAAGAUGUUAUGAAGUUGACAAUUUAAUUGAAGAUAUAAUUAA